GUCCGUCCCCCUCUGUAAUUGCAAAACCUCACAAAAAUCAAAAACCCUAAUUUACAUGGUCGCGACCUCAAACUUGUCCUAAAACGUCGACGCCGAUAGUCGCCGUCAAUAGUUUCUGACUCGAAAAAGAGAAGAUGAAGGAAGGCAGAAAGCUGAAGAAGAGUAAUCUCCACGAGGUGGUUGAGAAAGUGCAGAGGAAGAAGAAAGAGAAAGAGAAAGUGAGCAAUGUUGAACAUCCUCAAGCUAUCACAAGUGAGAAGCCUAAUAGAAAGAAGGUUGAAUUGAAGAAGAAGAAGAGUAAGAAGGUUGCCGAGGAAAUAAGCGAGCAAGCUGAGAAAAUCAAAGGCAACAAGGGAAAGUUGAACAAGACUAAGAAUAAAAGGAAGGCCGAUGAGAUUUCUAGUGGUCCUGUUGAUGAUCAUCUGAUAAAACAAGCUGAUGACGAUAAAAACGUGGCUAAUGAUGCAACUGAAACGAGAAACCGAAAGUCUAAGAAACAGAGAAAGAUGAAGCUGACCUCUACUAAAGAGAUUGAAAAGAAGAACAAAGUUGAAGAAGAGGAGGAAGAUGUUUAUGAAAUAUCUUCAGGCGAUGAAGAUUGCUCCAGAGGAAUGAAAAAGUGGGUCACUGAUUACUAUGAGAACAGGCCCGGUUUAGACGAGCUGCAGAAGAGAAUCGAUGACUUCAUGACUGCUCACGAAGAACGCCUUGAGCAGGAGAAACAAGAGCGAGAAGCUAAAGCAGCAGAAGGCGGUUGGACCGUGGUCGUGCAUCAUAAAGGGAGGAAAAAGACAACAGAUGCUGAAUCUGGAACAGCUGUUGGAUCUGUUUCUCAGGCUGCUUUGGAAGAUAAGGUAGCUAAGAAGAAGAAGACUGAGAUUGUCGGUCAUGGUUUCUACCGUUUCCAGAGGCGAGAUGCCCAACGAAGUGAACUCUUGGCGCUUCAGACUAAGUUCGAGGAAGACAAGAAGAGGAUACAACAAAUUCGAGCUGCUCGUAAGUUUAAGCCUUACUAAGAACCAAACAGAUCCUACAUGGAUCAUAUAUUAGAGAGGCUUGUGAGCAAUGUCAUGAAUGUUUUUACGAUCAAUUUUGUAAUUGACAAUUUCAUGAGCUUUUGUGGGUGUUUUUACCCUUGAAAGAUUAUAUUUUAUCAACCUUUUGAAAUCGAAUUCAAAAAUA